CCAGCAGGCGGCCGGCGCUCCCCGGCGCUCCCGGCGCUCCCCGGCGCUCCCGGCGCUGCCUGCAGCCCGCGCACACCGUGGGAAGCAGCGCAAGGGCUGACGUCCAGAACAUCCCGCCUAUAGGAUCCGAGCCGCCAGCCGAGCCCCGCUUUCCCCCCUCGCUUUAAAUCCGGCUGGCGAGCGCAGGCACCGAAAGCGAGAGAGAUUGGCAAUGCAGCGUGACAGCAACUCCCGAAAGUUCUUGCUUUCUGUGACUCCUUGCUUUCGGACUCGGAGCUGCCGGGCAGACCUGGAGCUGGGAGUUUAACGAGCCGCGUUUGCGAAAAUGCCUGCCACUUGCUGGCCCUUGAAUCCCAUAAUUUGCCUUCCAGAGCUGAGGAAUACUUAACAGCUAGAGAAGCGGAGGGGGAAAAGGCAAGUUUCACAAUUCAAACAAUGCUAAAACAUGUUCUCCUUUCACCGUAUGGAAACAGGACUGUGGACAAAGCUGCAGGUGCUUUUUGGUUUGGUUAUUGACAAGAUAUGUCACAAAGUAAUAUGACUUUUAAACUCUUCUGACUCUUUAAAGCCAGCGAAAAGAAGCAAAAUUAAAGCAAGAAAUUAAUUGGAGGAGUUUGAGGACUUUCAAAGGAGAAAGCUGUUUUCUGCGAAGAGCAAAAUAGGACGAUGGCAUCUGGAGAGUGCCUUCUGCUAGACCUAGAAACAGAUAACUUCAUUUUCUAUAACAUCUCUGUCAACCAGAGUGCAAACUUCUCCCUGCUUGGGGAAGAGUGGUUUUACCCAGCAUUCCUCUACGCCAUCCCCACAAUCUAUGGGAUCAUCAUUCUGAUAGGCCUUAUUGGCAAUAUCACCUUGAUUAAGAUCUUCUGUACUGUGAAAUCCAUGCGAAAUGUCCCUAAUUUGUUCAUUUCCAGUUUGGCUCUGGGAGACCUGCUGCUUUUAGUGACUUGUGUGCCUGUGGAUGCCAGCAGGUACCUUGCUGACGAGUGGCUGUUUGGCAGAACAGGAUGCAAACUCAUCCCCUUCAUACAGCUCACCUCUGUAGGGGUGUCAGUCUUUACUCUCACUGCUCUCUCUGCUGACAGGUAUAAAGCCAUAGUAAGGCCAAUGGAGAUCCAAGCAUCCCAUGCACUGAUGAAGAUUUGUGUGAGAGCUGCUAUAAUCUGGAUUGUAUCCAUGUUGCUUGCCAUCCCUGAAGCAGUAUUUUCAGAUCUGCACCCUUUCCACGACAAAGGGACUAAUAAAACCUUUAUCAGCUGUGCUCCUUACCCUCAUUCAGAUGGGCUGCAUCCCAAAAUUCACUCUAUGGCAUCAUUUCUCAUAUUUUAUAUUAUUCCCCUAUCUGUAAUUUCAGUGUAUUAUUAUUUUAUUGCUAAGAAUUUGAUCCGGAGUGCUUACAACAUCCCCGUGGAAGGCAAUGUGCAUGUGAGGAAACAGAUUGAAUCCCGUAAGCGCCUGGCCAGGACCGUGCUGGUCUUCGUGUGCCUCUUCGCCUUCUGCUGGCUGCCCACUCACAUCAUCUACUUAUACCGGUCCUACCACUACUCCGAGGUGGACACCUCAGUGCUGCAUUUCAUUGCCAGCAUCUGUGCCCGGAUCCUGGCAUUCACUAACUCUUGUGUCAAUCCCUUUGCUCUCUACUUGCUCAGCAAGAGCUUUCGGAAGCAGUUCAACAACCAGCUGCUGUGCUGCAGAGCUCGCCUCCUCAUCCGCUCCCACAGCAUGGCCAGGAGCACCACACGAAUGACCUCCCUCAAGAGCACCAAUCACUCCCUGGCCACCUUCAGCUUGAUCAAUGGCAACCACAUCUGCCACGAAGGCUGUGUCUAAAGGCUGCAGUCAGAGACAUCAGUUGCUGAGCAUGGCUGCUGGACUUUGCUCCGUGGGGAUGGUGAGCAGCGCACACACGCUUGCACACACGCAUGCAAGGAGGUGUGGUGUGCUCAGAGAACUCAGAGGAGCUUGAAGCAUCCAACAUUUCAUCUGGGGCUGAGGUUGAAGCAUCCAGCAUUUCACCCUGGACUGAGGCAUCACCAGAGCAUCAGAUCAUUGACCACCAGCCCACAGGGUCUCCCUGGGAAGUGCUGCUGUGCUUUCAAUGAGAGCAAAAUGGGAACCUUAAGAUCAAAUCUUUUUUGGCACUGCAGAAUCUUUAUCACUUCCUGCUCAAUCCCAAAUUUAUUCAGACUUACAGCAGUGAUAAAGACCAUAUCAGGUGCACACAAUUUGUCAGAACAGUUGCGUCCAUCACUUUAUGGUGUAAUGUAUUUUGACAUAGAAAUAAAUCCAUUUAAAUAAGGUAAAUACUUUUACAAAGGAGUUCAGUGUAGGUCAUUUACAGACUUUCCAAGUAUUUAUUAAUGUUCUGAGUACAGUAUUAAUUCAUUGUCUAAAAGAUAUCAAAAGUUUACUUGGGCAUGUCUGUGGCCCCAUCUGAAAUGAGCAGUAUCUUACACCACGUCAAUGUGAAAGCAGUAAUGUGAAUAAAUGUGAGUUGGAAUAUGUUUACAGCUUUCAACUGUGUGAACUUUUGCUGUGUUGUGGAAGAGACAGCAGGGCAAUUUCCAAGCAUUACUGUUUUGUUCUUCCUGUCUUCAAAGGUAUGAUAUAGUGAAUAUUCCAUCACCUAAGUGGUACCACAAAAUGUUAGCUGGGUUUAACUAAGGGCAGGCAAUAGCAGAAGCUGAUGUACAUCUAUUUUUCACGUAGUAGUGCUUUGUAAAACACUAGUUUUUCAGCAAAAGCUAUCAGCAAUGCAAUUUGUGAUCUCCAACCUACAUUUUUUUUCUACUGUCUUCACAGAAAUCUGUGGAGACAGAGCGACAAAACUGGCUAACAGAUUGGAGAAAUAGGUCCACUCUAACGUUUGCUCCAGAACAAUUCCUGUGCCAGGUACCAUCUAUUCUGGGACAGGAGCACAGUGUCCUGCAGAUAUCAGACUCCUGAAGCACCUGUGCUAUAAGACACUCAACAAAGCUGCACACCUGAUAAAAAAAACUGCUGCCAAAGGACACCAUAAACCAAUCACUGUAGCAGAAUAUGCGGGUUU